CUGCGCUCGUGCCCAUCGCGCGCCUCUGAGGGGUCGGGGUCGACCGGGGCCGGGGGCGGGAGCGCGCCUGAGAGGAGGAGGAGGAGGAGGUGGAGGUGGAGGUGGAGGAGGAAGAAGAAGAAGAGGACGUCGAGGACCGAGAGGAGGAGGAGAAAGAGAAGGAAGGAGGAGGGGGAGAAGGAGACUCUGGUAGCCGGGGCCUGACCGCCCGCCAUGGCCGCGCUUGGCCGGCCCUUCCCGGGGCUGCCCCUCAGCCUGCAGGCGCCCCCGCAGCCUGCCUUCCACGGCCGCCCCUUCCCGAGCCCGGGGGCCCCCGGCCCCGCUGCCCCGGGCCUCGUCGCCCCUGGCCCCGCCGGCCUGCGGAGCCCCGCACCCCGGGGCCGAAUCUCAGUCCACUAUAGAAAGAAACACAAACGAGAAGAGGAGGAUGAUAGUUGUCCCCUAAGGAAGAAGAGACUGACAGAAGCCGUGCUCUGUGCCAGUCCCAGUGAUUGGCUCCUGUGUGGCCAUCAGAGCAUUGAGGGCCCCGGGGCACAUGAGUGCCGUGGUGGCCUUUCUGCAUCAAGCAUGUUCGAUAUUCUCUGUGAGGAGAUGGAUCAGACAACAGGAGAGCAGCAGUGUGAGGCUGCCCGAAGGAAGCUUCAGGAGAUCGAAGACAGGAUAAUUGAUGAAGAUGAAGAAGUGGAAGCUGACAGACGCAUCAGUGACCUGCCCAGUCUUGUUCUUUCAGACACUCUGAAGACAGGCUUGAAGAGGGGGUUUGAUGAAGUCCUUACAAAGAAAAUAAUUGAGUCCAUGAGCCGUCCUUCCAUGGAGUUGGUGCUCUGGAAACCUCUCCCAGAACUCCUGCCCGACAAGCCAAAGCCUUUACCUUGUGUUAAGAACUACACAGAAGAGCCUGGAGGGGACCAGAGUAAGCCUCCAAGAGCUGCAAAUACCUUCUGCCAACAGACUGAGGUCUUCUCUGAGCCCCACCAAAUAGGGGUGCCUCUCUACAGUGUUCUGGACACAACUGGCUGCACAGAGGAAGAGAUGGAACUUUAGAAAACCAGGUUUAAACCUUGUGUCCAAUUCUGGAAGGCCCUUUUGUUGGUUGUAUAACCCUCUUAGCCUAAGGACUUGAAAGUUGUAUCAAAUGUGGGGGAUAGAUAAUAUCUCUACCUGUGAUUUAUAAACAAAAUCUUAAUUUGGGCAGCUUCUUGCUGAGGUCACAUCUUACCAAGGAAGCUUCUCUUUGAAGCAAGCAGUCUUCUAGGAGGCUUAUUUGGAAUGUCAAAUCACUGCCUGUGGGAAGGGUGAGAGGAGUGGGAUGUCAGGGAUUUGGAGUUACCCAUCCUAUCAUCUUCUGAACAUGGAAAGACUUUUGAAAGGUGCUCUCCUCUCCUCGAGAUGUUCAGAAACCAGGGGACGAGGGUUUUGGCUAGUAAGGCGCAGUCUUAACAGAAGGGCGCUCAAUUGACAUCCUUGACAUUUCCCUUGAGUUGGUGGAAGAAAGGUCAGAUGUUUGUCUGAGCCUCGGGGGGGGUUGGGGAGCUUGUGUGCUGCUCCCAGUGCACUCAGCUCACUAGUGUUCGGCUUCUCUGUAGGGGCUCAGCCUUUUGCCUCUGAAGAGCAAUGCAGGGCAGGGAAGGCCCAGGAAAGCUCCACACCUUGUACUACUGUCCUGCCUUGGUUCACUGUAGCUGACUGUUCAAGCUUGGUGUUUCAGCGACGCUUCCAACCUACAUGGUCCGAGUUGGACUUGGAUGAUCAAGAGUGUCGCUCGUGUCUCUUUGGGGUAGAGUGGCCUCCUCUAGGCAGUUCUGAGAAAGCCUUUUCAUUCCGCUGCAUCCAGAGUGGGUGCUGCCCACAAAGGUACAGCUGCUUCAUCCAGAGGAGUUUUAUCCUGAUGGAUUAGAAGACACGCAGGGAUGGCAGGAUGGACAGCCUUGGCUCGGGGCUCAGGCUGUCACGGUGGCCGCACUUGAGCGCUUGGCUGCAGCAUUUCUCUCCGGAGCAGCUGUGCCAGGUAGUGGUUCACUAGAGGCGCAGUGUGGAGCAGGUCUGCGGUCCCUUGGUUACCAAACCCCUUGUGCAGUGGUCUUUCUGGGCCACCAGUUGGGACUGAUUUGGCAGAAGGCCAGAUAAUCCAGACGGGUGUCCACUAGAGCACUUUCUAGAAAUGGGCUCCGUGUGUUGUUGAAACUCUUGCUUAGUCCCUGGCCUUGGUGCAAGUGACUGUAGAGAAGCCUGGUCUGCUCUCACCAUUGUUGCUUUGGCUUUCACUAUUUCUGCCUGUAUAGUCAGGAAAAAUAAAUGUCAUGUUUAAUAUUUAAACUAUUGAAUGUCUAUACAGGAAAAAGCUAUUCACAUUUCAAACCAGUAUUGAAGCCAGAUGGAAACCAGCUAAUCAUUUCUUCAUCUUGGACUUGGAGCCGAACGUAAAGUGUCCUUAGAAAUGUGCCCCUUCCUGUUCCUCUCUUGUGGAGGCUGGUUGGCGUUCUCAGUCACCUGAACUGGCCAACUCCAGCCUCAAUGUCAUUCUUUCCUGGGACCAACUUGCAAAUGAUGUAGCUGAGAAGAUGGUUGGAGUACAAAGACUCUGGGGAUGAGGGGGCUGGGGGCAGACAACGGAUGGGGCGACUCACCAGUAUGAGGGAGGGCAGAAAUGCCACGAUGCUGCCCCAGGUGGAAAUGCACUGGUGUGGGGAUGGUUCUGGCAGUCCCCGCGCUGCCUCAGUGGACAAGGGGGUCUGUUUACUUUUGCAGAAAAGCAAGUAUUUCAUGUUCCUUUUUGGGCUCUCAUUCUCUUGCUUGUGUUGAGAGCAAAUAGUUCCUUCUUCAACCCCCUUUGGUGCUGACUCCUCUGAGCCAUCCCCUCAGCCCUCAUUUUGCCUUGGCUUUUUUUUCCCUUUCGUAGCUUCAAGCUUCUGCUUUUUGAAAGGCCUUGGGAGUUUGCUAGUGAGUUAACGUGUCUAUUUUGUUUCAUCCGGAUCCUGCAGCAUGGACCAGGGGUCGGAUGGGUGUUGGAUUUGGGAAGCGGGGACUUUUACCUAACAAACGGAUCGCUAAGAUGCAAAUGUAGAUUUUUCUGUGAGUUCUGAAGGAAGGGGAAGGAGUUUGGAGGCCAAUUCUCUCAAACUUGGUUGACGAUAAGAAAUAAUUGCUUUUCCAUUCUUAAAAAUGGCUGGGGGCGGGAAGUACGGGGGGAGGUGUGAAGAUGAAUGUUGAUCACAAGCUUCAUUUGUUCAUUUGGUUCUGGAACUAAUGGCUUUGUUAAUAACUGGCAACAAGAAUGACAUACUACCAGGGAAAUACUGGAAGUUGUUGGCUGUUUUAUUUCAAGUGAAAAUCUGGUCUGUCUGUAUGUCAUAGUUUUCAAUAAAUCUUACGUGUUUUGGAUUCUUUAA